GUUUUGUUAAGAUUUUCGUUUAAAUCAAUCAGCUGGAUAAUGUAUCGAUUUAACAUUCGAUCUAUCGAACAUUUUUAAUUGUUAACUUAAUCACAAUUUACUUAAUCUCACGUGAGCUUUACCUGUUUCAAUCAGUUGAGCUCAUCGAUUUGCAAUCGGUGCCAAUAAUGAGAAAUCACGUCCUGUUAGAUUGAAGUGAAGAUGAAGGAGAUAAAUUUCCUAGAAAAGUUUCAUUCCUAAUUAACAGCUUAAUCAUCAUAAUUAUGGAAAAUACCUCUUGAGUUGAUACACUAAUUAGUCUAACUACCAAUUGAAUAUUGAGUAGUUUCUAUGAUAAUUAGUUAUUCUAUUGUUUCUUUUGUUUACUUGGAACUUUUUUUUCAUUCUUUCGGACAAUGGACACAACGGAACCUGAACCAACACGAUUAACAUGGAGAGAAAAGCUGAAGUUAAUUAAGAUCCUUCGUAUUGAUAUUUUCGUCAUGUUUUUCUUCAUUUCAACCACAAUCAGCGGUGUGAGUCUCAAUCAACUUGUCGAGGAUAAAAUUUGUCUCAACGAAUUAAAUCUUAAUCAGUCAAUUUGUCUCAAUUUGGAACACACCGAUGCCGACCAAGAAGAGGCCAAAAAUUAUGUCCUCUCAACGGCCGCUGUUUUCAAAAACUAUCAAACAAUAAUCUCCACGGUUCCCGGAAUGUUUUUAUCACUUUUCAUCGGCUAUUGGAUCGACACUUAUCCAAGUCAUCUGAAGUAUAUUCUUGCAGCUCCAGCAUUGGGAGGGACCAUCGGGUCAAUAAUUGUCAUCUACAAUUGUCUACAUUUCAAAUUAGAUUAUAUGUUUCUUUUAAUAUCCGAUUUAAUCAGAGGGCUUAGCGGUGGAUUUGUGAUAAUAUACACUGGCGUUUAUACUUAUAUCGCCAGGAAAACAUCGGUCAAGUUUCGUGCUUUAAGAUUUGCAAUUCUUGAAUUUUUCACCUUCAUUGCAAACCCAAUCUCACUUUCUCUCGGUGGUAGUAUCUUAACGACUAAUCCAUGGUUUGAAAAUCAAACUCGAAAUUAUAUCGGCGUUUUCUUGGUAUCCACGAUCUGUAGUAUUCUGGCCUUUUUUUGGGUUCUCAUUUUUAUCCGAGAUUCCGAUUCAACAAACUCUCAUCUUGAAACUUUGGCUACAAAAUCUGACCUUCACUUUAGUUAUCAAUCUACUCGGGUAGCGAAUGAACAACCUGACAGAAUAAUUGGCCUGAGAAAUGAAGAUCCAUCAAGAGGAUGCUGCAGGAAAUUUUCUCAUGUACUUGCAGAUAUUUUCAACUUUUCCAAUGUUCUCAAAAUGUUCCGUACCUGCACUAGGAAACGGGAAAAUGGCCUUCGUCGCCGUAUUUGGAAUGUUAUGCUUAUGUGCUGCUUUGUGCAACUCGCACACACGGGUGAAUCUGCAAUCGGGUUUCCAUUUGCUCAGAAAGUUUACCAAUGGAACGCUGCAUAUUAUUCAAGCGUUUCGUCGGUCACCGUUUUGAUUCCCGCCUUGGCGACCUCAAUUUUUAUUCCCGUUUCAAUAAGACGCUGGCAUUUCACUGAUACAAGUCUUGGUAUUAUUGGUUGUAUCUCUACGAUAAUGGGUAAUGCAAUUCGUGGACUAUUUUUGACCUCAAGUGCUUAUUUUGUGGCCACAUUAGCGGGAAUGUUUUCCGGUCUUAUGGCAAUAUCGAUUCGAGCAUUUUUAUCUCGAAUGAUCAGUUUCGUUGAGAUUGGACAAGUUUUCUCACUUCUCUCAGCAAUUGAAUCUUGCGCUCCGUUAAUUUCAAGUCUCUUUUAUUCAACUGUAUUUAAAUUAACGAUCAGCACUUAUCCGGGAAUGGUUUACCUAAUUGUUGGUGUUUUAUUGAUUUAUCCAUUUACGGUUAUGUUGUGGUUAGACUUGACCAAAGCCUCUUGGUAUGAUGCAAAUAAGAAACCAAGACUGACCAAUCAGAUGAUGAAAACCAAAGUGACCUACAAAUUGUUCAAUCUUCCCAACGAGAAAAUGAAUCACUUUAUGCCUCUGACAACGAUCUGGAACAAUUGAUCGACAAUUAACUUUAUCGAUAAAUUAAAGAAAAGUCUAUUGGUAUGAUGCAAAUAAGACAACCUAAACUGACCAAUCAGAUGAUGAAAAUCAAGACCGAAACCGAUAACCAAAUUUGUCCUUAUAUCUCUUUGAACAAUUAACUUUGACUAUUUGAAUAUUCUUAAUUCAGUAAUUAAAAAUGAAUUUACCUCAAGUUUUAAAACUCUUUCCUUUCAA